AUGUCGCAAUCCCAGUCAGCUCAGCCGGGUGAUGGGAGAAAUGUCCAUUUUUUGGACGUUUCGACGGGUAACUUGUUAGGUGGCUUCUACCAAAAUGGCUCAGUUACCCAAUCCAACUUCCUCGAUAUGCUCAACAUCGUCUUGAAUGUUGUACCACACGGACGUUCCAGGCUAUGCCUUCGCUCAUUCACCGUCAAAACGAAGUCUGGGCGAACUAUCUCAAAAACUAGCCAAGUGCUGAGACCUGGAGAUUAUGAUAUCUAUGCUCCUGACGGCUGUUCUAUCGCGCUCACUGACGAAGAGCCUAUACGCCGAAUUUUCUCUCGCAGUCGUAGCAACCGUGAGCAGAGUUUCAGAAAUGGUGUACGGGCCAGAGAUAAGAAGUGUGUCUUUACUGGGGUCGUUAACCGAAGGAAUUUCAGCCAGUUCAUCACUAAUACGGAUUCGGGAAACCAUGCGGCGUCCAUCAACUCGGUUCAAAAUGGGCUUCUCCUUCAAAGCACCGUACAUACAUUAUUUGACACCUACUCGAUUUCGGUGAACCCAGAUGAUAACUACAAGAUCACUUCUUUUGUCGUCGAUGAUUUUCACGUGGACGGAAGAAUACUUGAUCCUGUGUGUCGGAAUCCCGCCGACCCGAACCAUGUCUCAGACGAUCUUCUUCGCUGGUACUUUCGACAGAGCGUUCUCGUAAACAUGAAAGGGGCUGGAGAACCUCCUUUUGAACACGAUUUCCCACCAGGAUCUGACAUGCUGGGGGAAAUACUGGAGGGGCCAUUUCCCAUCGAACGAUUCGAAAUGGAACUGUCGUCCAGAUUACGGGGAUGGGAACAACAGCAGGACUUCAUUCAGUGA